GCGUCACAUUGUUUACAACUCAAACGGAUACGGGUUAUAUAUGUAGGCGCCAGCGUAGGAAGCCACAAAUUCAUCAGCGUGAUAAAGAGAUUUAUAAGCACAGCACAGUCACAGUGUAUGGUUUACCUGCUUAUGUUUUGUAUUAAUUCGUCACGUGCGCAGCAACAAGGUUUAUAGAUUUAAUUUUCAGUUUCAUAUACAAGAAGUAUUUCAUACAGAAACUGAGACGCUGCCAUUCAGCUAAAUUAUGUCAAUGUUGAGCAGUAAAUCCAAUGACGAGAUUAAAUGGUUGCUGGAUGAUUACGGAAUAAAACACGGUCCUGUGGUCGAUUCCACCAGAGCCCUUUAUGAGAAGAAGCUGAGAGAAGCCAUGUCUAAACACAGAAGAACCCAAGCUCAAUCCGACAGGACAUAUUACAGUGAAGAGGAAGACGUCACCUAUGUUCAGCAUCACAGACCUCAACUAUAUGAUGAUGUGAGCAACAGAACGUGGUCUGAUUAUAGAGGGAUGGCCUACACAGAUGAGCCUGCUAUAUAUAGGACUCAAGCUCCUUACCGUAAUAUGUCACAAGCAAGAAAUCUGCCGCCAGAGCCUCAUAUCCAGAAAACACCUGAGAAGAGUUCAACACGCCUGGUCCCAGUCCGGCUACAGAUAUUAGUGUUUCUCAUCGUAUCUGGUCUUCUGUACUUGGUUUUUAUAAAUAUGGAGUCAGCAGAGCCUGUGAAAAGACUGACAUAGCUCUUCCUUUAGUGAUUAAACUGAAUGUUACAUUUCUAAAACAAGCAAAUAUUCAGCACAAUAGAUGUGUUUUUUAACAUAUCACAGUGUAUUUUAACUUCUUAAAUCUUGGGUUAUUUUGUGUGUGAUGUUUUAUCAAAGUAAUAGCCCAAGACUGUAACUCUUCUGUGAAUAUAAAGGAAGUGGGUGCUACAGGAUGCACCUGCUGGAAGAUUAUUUUUAAGAUCAAGAUACAAUAAUUGUCCAUUGUAAUGCUGCAGUACAUUUUACAGUACUGUAUUUUUAGUAAUUUCUUGAGCUCAUAAAAGUUUGAUAUUACAACUUCCACUACCUACUAGAAAACCUUUUUGUAUGAAUUAUAUAAGCAUAUUUUAAAGGUUACGGUUACUGAA